AUGUGGGCAUUUGGACUAGAAGAAUGUGAGCAAUACGAUAAAGCAGAGAAGGAAGCUCUCAAGGUAGAACCAGUUAUGCUAACUAUGGUAAUAUCCGCUCCAUGACG